GAGAGAGAGAGAGUUGGUGGUUGGGGGGUAGGAGCACUGAGCUCAGUAUUCCAGUUCUUAGGGAUUUUGGAGUCUCUCACUGCGGAAUGUCUUUUCUACUUUUGAAGUGAGAGGAAGCUUUGACUCAGUAAAUCACUACUUAUUCAGUGGGGCUGAUUGCCUCCAACACAACCUGCUCUUUGGAUGGAGAAACGUUGCUUCAAAAUGAGGGCUCUGUGUUUGAACUUUGCAAUCACCUGUCUGUGGCUUCUCCCUUCAGCGGUCCAAGAAACAGCCAAGCCCUUGGGCUUUCAGAGUCAACAUUGGAGAGGAGUAGAAGGAGGAAGAGGGGAUGUUGUUGGAGCUGCUCUGAAGGUCAAACACAUCUCCAAAGACUUACAGAUUAUCUCCACCAAACACAAAACACCUGCUUAUGGCUCCCUCGGCCCAUACGGAUGGCCUCAGAACUUCUCACAAGCCCUGGAUCAGUAUCUGUACCGUCCACCUCCUAAAGCCAAACCUCCUGCAAAAUCAUCCCCAAAGGCCAAGAAGAUCCUGGGCUGGGGAGAUUUUUACUUCAAUGUGAAAACGAUGAAGUUCAGCCUCCUGGUGACGGGGAAAAUCGUCGACCAUAUCAACGGCACAUUUAGUGUUUACUUCCGCCACAACUCAUCCCGUCUGGGCAACAUAUCAGUCAGCAUCGUCCCACCCUCCAAAGCUGUUGGAUGGGAAGUUUUGGAUUCAACAGUUCAAGCUAUUGACACAAAAAACACAGUCCUGGUUCCAGAUCUAACAUCUCAGUUCCAGAGUCCACCUCAGUCCACCAGCUCCACCCCUCCAGAUCAACAGAAGCAGCAGCCAGAUAUGAUGAUGGUGACGGAACUCAACUGCCGAAUCGAAUACCAGAGAACCAACCGGUCCAAGAAGACCAAACCCUGUAUGUACGACCCCGGGCAGACGUGCUACUCAGAAAACACUCAGUCCCAAGCAGCCUGGAUCUGCGCCAAACCUUUUAAAGUUAUAUGCAUCUUCAUCGCCUUCACCGGCACUGAUUACAGACUGGUGCAGAAAGUUUGUCCUGACCAUAACUUUCAGACGGAGCAGAAUCAGCAGCAUUUUGGAUGACGGAUUCUGAAACACUGCAACUGAGACUUCAAAAACUGACAUUUCAUACAUCCUUUAAAAUCAUGUAUUCAGUUUAGGUUUGAGAUUGAUUGUUUUUCUGCAUUUCCAACAUGUCAGAGCUUUCAUUUAUGCCAUAGUUUGUGUUUAACUGAAACUACACUCAUCUGCCAAAAGCUCUAUAUUGUCUUAAAAAAAAAAGCAAUGACUUGACCCAUAAUAUCACAUUGCGUGUUGCAUUUGAUGAAUUUUGUUCUCUGGAUAUGCAUUAAUAUAAGUGAGACUGUCAAAUCCAAAUUUGAUAUU